AGAUGCCGAGUUUUAGGGUUUUGGUGGAGAGAAAGAAAGAAGAAAAACAAUGGCAAAAAGUUUCAACGUGGUUCAGAAGCAGAAGAGAGCUCAAAGAGCAGAGAGAAAAAGAGCAAUCCAUGGGGACCCAACCACUAAGAAGCUUAAGAACAAGCCCCAACCCCUCUCCAUCUCUGGCAAACGCAAGCGCAAGCUUCUCAAGAAAUGGCGCAAGGAUCAAAAGGAGGCUAUAGAAAAGGGUUUGGUGACUAUGGAAGAUGUGGAAAUGGUGGCUGCUGAAGGUACAACUAAAGAUGCAGGCACAUACCAAGAUGCCAACAAAGUGCCAACAAAAUUCCACGUGAAGAAGAAUUUUAAGCUCAAACGUUUAAAGCGAAAAGGAAAAAACAAGGGUUCUAAGCCAGCCGUUGAGGCUUCAGUGGAUGCCAUGGUAGAAUAAUUUUUUAUGAAAAAAUAAAGGUCUUAUAAUUUUAAAACUCAAGCUAUAUUUGGGCUUGAGGACUCGGUGCUGUACCAUUUUGUUGUGUAGAAAUCAGCUUGGCAAUGAUAUUUGAUAGCUAAUGCAUGGUGUUUCAUUUCGAACAA